AUGGUUAUAAUCAGUCGUUUAUAUCCCGAUGUUAUAAAAGUAUGUCGACCUUUAAUUAUUGAAGAUCAAGUAUUAAAAGUAAUAUUAAAAAAAUUUUACGAAUCCUUAUCGAAAAGUUUAAUAGCAGAAUACAGUGAAAGUUCAAUGAUAAAAUGUAAAUUAACUCACGUGACCGAUUUUCCAGACGGAACAGAAGAAGGGAUUUUUAUAGGUUUGGAAUUUUCCGGAAGGAUAUUUCGUUUAGUACAUACGUCAUUAAACGGAAAUAGAUCGUAUGUAACGUCGUCGAGAUUAUACGAAUUUCCAGAUGCGAAACCUAACGAAGACGUCACGAAGACGGCUGAAUACGUUGCGAAAUGCGUUAAUAAUUUCAUUUCCGGUUUCGAAUCGUACGAUAAAAAAUUAAUAUUGGGCAUAGCAUCGUCAUUUCCGAUGGAACAAGAUAAUUUACAAGAAUGUUUCAUAACAUCCUGGAACAAUGAAUUUCAAAAAAACGAAUGUAACGAAAAUUUUUUCAUGGAAUUAAAAGUAGCGUUAAAAAAAUAUCAGUACACGAAGAAAAUGUAUCUAAUAAGUAUGGUGAGUAACGGAACUGCAUGUCUUUUGUGCGGUUUGUACAAAGAUCCCUGGAUAAGAAUCGGUUUGUUUUUGGGUGAUAAUACGAACAUAACAUACAUAGAAAAAUAUGAUAAUAUGACGACGUAUUCUGGAGAUGGAUUAAGAACUCGAACCGCCAUAGAUGUUGGAUUGAAAAAUUUUGGAGAUGAUGGAAGUUUAGAUUACAUAAGAUCUGAAUUUGACAUACAAGUUGAUGAAGCAUCCAACGAUCCUGGAAAAAACACACUGGAGAAAUUAAUGUCGUCAUCGUAUCUUGGAGAAUUGGCAAGACUUUGCAUAUAUAAAUUAGUUUCAAUGGGAGUCCUGUUAAAAGGUUACAUAAGUCCCGGUUUAUCCAUGAAAGAUAGUUUGAAAACCAUGGAUCUCGCAAUCAUGGAAAUGGAUGACGAAAAUAAUUAUUUGCGUUGUAAAUCCAUUUUGUAUUCUUUGGGUUAUCCGAAUGUUUCCGAUUCUGAUUGCGUCCAAAUAAGAUUCAUAUGUAGAUGUUUGGCAAAAAGAUCCGCUUAUUUGGCGGCUACUUGUUUGUCGGCGGUCAUAACGAAAGUGGAAAUGAAAGACGUGAGAAUUAUAGGAGAUGGAAUGCUUUUAAAAGAUUUUCCUAAUUAUGAAACUUAUCUAUUGAAAAAAAUUCACGCUAUGAAAAGACCCACGACGAAAGUUUUUUUAAGAAAAUGUGAAAAAGACGAUAUCGGUACGGGUGCGGGUUUGAUAGCUCACAUAUACAAAGAUGGAUUAAUUAAAAUUGAAGAUAAACAUAGAGUUUUACCACAUUUCGAUAAAAAUAAAUAUAAUUUACUCGAUGUGCCUGUGACGUCAUGCGACGAUUGCGUGGAUUCAAAUAAAAUAAAAAAGAAAAACUCGUGUAAAAUUCGGGAGGAGGCGAUAGUAAGAUCGGGAAAAGACGAUGGGAAAAAAAUCGUUGGCGGUAACGGUAUUAUUAGUUCAUUAAAAAAACGUCCGAUGCUAGCGCCACAUUCAAAACAAACAUCACCGCCAUCUAUGGCGACCCCUCGAAUGAUUUUAUCAAAUACCGGAAAUGAAUUUUUAUUCGGUAACGAUUUCAUUAAUUCAAUAUAUAAAUGA